AUGUUAAAAUGUGUUCCUCAAUAUGAUUUUAAAGAUAUUCAAAUAGAUGAUCUUAUUAUAAAACAAGAAAUAAAUCAAAAUCAAUACGAACAAAAUUCUAAAACAUUAACAACAAUUAAUCAUAAUUCAUCUUCUAGUGUGAUUAAUGAACAUACUGAAUUACUUGUUCAUAGCGAUCAAAUUUCAUUUAUUCCUAUUGAUACUACAGAAACUUCCUCAAUAUCAACAAAUUCAAUUGGUUAUUCGCAUCAUUUUGCUUCACAAAUUAAUGAAAUUGCAUUUGAACCACAAUCUUGUUUAACUUCAGCUUGCUCAACAGUACUUGGAUCUGAUGAUAUGGUUAAUAUUUCAUUUAAAAUUCCAUAUCAACAUAAUCGACAUAACUGUUUAAUAUCUUUUAAUGAUGAAGAAAAUUCUUUAUUAAUUUAUUCAUUAUCUUCACGUAAAGUAGAACAUUUAUCUUUGAAUUCACGUCAAAUUUCUUCCAUUAAUCUUCCAUUUAGUGAACCUAUAGUACGUCUUGAUUAUUCGAAAAAACUUCGUUCAUUUUAUUGUAGUACUCGACAAACAAAUCGUUUCAUAUUAUUUCGAUUAAAUUAA